AUCUAACAUAGCUCGAGUAUAUAAAGUAUGGUCUCACUAACCUCAUCAGUGUUAGAUGGAUGAUAUUUCAACUGGACCGAACGUCUCAUGAUGCAACAAAACAUGGCUUUUGAGGCUCCGAUUCCUUCAGUUUCAGGUAGGUCCACGAAAAUUACAGACAUUGGCACGAUGUUCAAGGAGUGGGCCUGGACGACCUAUCUUAAGACACCCAGACAAAAAGUCUGGUCCAGAAAGCUGAAGAUUGAAGAAGUUGAUAUCCAGUUGAAGUGGGACAAGGUGAGGAUCACAUCGUUAAGGCCAGAAUACACGGAAAUGGGAACGAAUGGCCACCGAGUACAUGUCUUGUAUGACUCCAAAUACCAAAACAACACAGACGAAGACCAAGAACAGACAUUCAGAGCUGAGAAGGAGACGAUUUCCACAGCCACCACCAAACUUACAAAGGGUUUCUCCAGGGAAAUCAACGUUGGCAUCGAACUGACACUUCCUCCAGAUCUUCCCCAACCUUCCAAAGCGGAGGCCAGUUUUGGACAUCGACUGUAUGUGGAUAACGAAGAAGAGAACACUAUUGAAAAUAAGGUGAAGUGGUCCGUGGACACAAAGAUCACCUCAAGACGUAACCUGGUGACUGUAGCUGAACUGGCAAUAGAGGAAACAAGUUCCAAGUAUGAAUUCUCGAUGGACGUGAAGCUGAAAGGGACGAUCUUAGCUGUGAUACAAGACGCCCGGGGCCAGAGAAGACAUGUCAUGACUGUGCAGGGGGAUGUGGCUACCGUUUUGGGGGACAUGAGAGACAAAGACAGAUUCGGUAAACUGUUCACUGUACAUAUCAACAACUCUCGUACCGUCACCUGGCCUGUGUCCGGAUCUCUUCACCUUAAAUACGGUGUGUCACAGACGGUCAAGAUCUUUCAAAGAACGUACCUGUGAAAGAAGCGUGAGGGUUAAUUAUUGUAUAGAUUUUCGGCAAGGGUAUGUGGACAAUAUAUUCGGGUUUGAGUCCUCAUGUGGGAGUUGUUCAGGAAGCCUAUUCUUUGUGCCGCCCAUUGAGAAUGCUGAUUAAUGCAUCGUACAUCUCCAUGCUAUAGUACCAAUAUCAAGCUUCGGCUGUCACAGUCAGUAGAUACAGACAUUACCAAUCAAUCAAUAAGACCUUGGGCCGGCAUACAGACAUUAUGAAUAUAUCGUGCCUUAUCCCAGACAUUUUCUGCCAAUUCAAUCCUAGAGCAUCACAUCGUCAGUACUUCACGGGAUUGUACACAUCACCUGUUUUGAAGUUUUGUAUAUUUAUCCAGCAUAUCAGACCACGAUUUGGUUCCAGCGAGAGGGAAAACAUCACCAUCACACAAACAGUCACCCAUGAAUGUAAAAUGACCCAUCUUCCAAUACAGAACAGAGCUUUGUGUUCUGAAAUAUUCGGAAACGUUCCAUUGAUUGUGAACAGUGUUUCGGUGUAGAUUGUCAGCGUGCAAAUGAAAAUGGUUCUCGAAUUUACAUUGAUUAUAUUCGUGAUUAUAUUAUUAGUGAAUUAGUGCCUAUGCUUAUAGUGGUUGCUGUUCAACAGUUUCGUUAUAAUGAGUGAGUGAGUGAGUGUGUAUGGUUUUACGCCACAUUUAGCAAUAUUGCAGCAAUAUCGAAGCGGGAUAGAAAAA